UUGAGUUCCUAUUUAGGCAAAAGCAUUUGUCUUGAGUAUUUGCCCUUGUCAAGAUGUUUCUUAUCAUGUAUGGCAUGUUAAUGGUUAAGUCAGAAUAGCAGAAAUAGUACCCAACAUUGUUUGAUACCUGUUUGGGUAUGGUAUACUGCUAUCAGACAUGGGGAUCAAGCCAGACUCUCAGGUUCAAACCUCCCGAGCCAGGCUAUAGCAUGAAGUCAAAGUCAAAGUAGAAGCCAAAGGCAAUGGCUUUGAAGAUUGUAACUGUGAAAUUAAAGGUGAAAGUUUCGUAUUUUUACAGCCCGGGGCGGAAUUCGAAGCCAGUGAGUUUGUCCUUUGCACACGCCCACGAUUUUUUUUACUUUUUACUUUUUUCACCUGAGGUCAAAGCAGAAAUCAACAGCUUCAGAGUUCGCAGGCAUGAAAUGAGCUCCAAAACCACAUGCAAAGCAGAACACUCAGUUCAGAAUCACAAGGCUGAAGCUGAGACCAGUCAGGCUAAAUCCAGCGCGCGACGUUUUGCGAGACCGAACUCAUGACCGCAAUUUCUAAAGGUAUAUGGGAUCAGAAAACAUCAGGAUUGUGGGAGUGAUCGAGACGAGGUGGUAACAGAUCGGCGGCGAAUGACAGGUUUUAAUCCAGCCAUCGCCCUGGUCCUGUGUAAUUAGCAAGUACGCGGUAUUUGUUGUCCGCUCGUCUUACUUUGUUCUUUGAUCUUACACAGCUGGCUCUCCGGGCGUUCUGAGAUGUCAUUGGUAUUGAUGACCUGAUUAUUUUUUACUUUCAGUUAUGGGCGUGUCGCAGCCUCAAAAAAUUGUGUGGUAUGUUGUGAUGAGACAAGAAAACGUUUUGCGGAGAUAAGUCCCAACUAUAGUGAAAAACAGCCAUGACUAGGCUGAAGCCAAGAUGAGGUGAUUGAGGUUGAGAUGAUUGACAGCAUGAGGUUGAUAGCCAGCAUGAGAUGAAGGUCAUUGAUAUGGCGGUGGUACUGGACGUCAUCAGUAUCCUCGAACAGCUCCCUAUCUCACUGGAGGCCUUGGAGGCCACGAGAUUGGGAAAGCACAUCAACGAGCUACGUAAGAAGACGGAGGACACCAGCCUGAAGAAGCGGGCCAAGGCGCUGGUGCGUCGGUGGCGUGGCAUGAUGGUCAUCCCGCAGCCGGAGCCAGCGCCGGUGGCGCCGACAGCCGUGCGGCGGAGUAGCCCGUCCGGCGCCAGUCCGCGCUCCUACCCGUCUAGUGCCAACACCAGCCCGUGUCUGUCGCGCUCCACCACGCCCGGUCUGAGCAAGCUAAGCCCCGGCCUGGUGCGGAACGUGACGCUACAGCCCAUCAGUCCGGCGCUGGGCAGCUGGCCGCGCCCGCCGGCCGCCGCGCCCGCCCACCAGGCGGCCUACUCCCCGCCGCCGGCUCAGACGCUCGACAAAACGGACGUGGCCAACAAGCGCAAGAGGAAAGCGGAGCCGGCCGGCGGCGAGAGGUCGGACAAGCGGCCGUGCUUCAACGGCGUGCAGGACGAGUGCAGUAGAGAUAGUAUCUCAGGGGAAAUCAAUUCUGAAGUGCCUCCGGCGCUGAAGGCGGCGCCGGCCAAGAAGCCGCGCCGCUCGCGCUCGGCCGCCGCCGAGGUGGCCUCCUUCGACGACCUCACCGAGAAGCUGGCGUCGGUGGCGCGCACGCCGCGCGUCAAGACCACGCGCCAGCUGCUGUCGGAUCUGGCCGAGCGCAGCGGCGACUCGGCGCUGGCGCGGCGCGCCUCGCAAUUUCCGGCCGCGCAGCCGCCGCCGCCGCCGCCGCGCCGCGAGCCGCCGCACGACCUGACGCGCAACAAGUCGGCGCACAUGCAGAAGUUUCUCAACUGGCAGGGAGGCAAGCGGCGGCCGGCGCAGCCGAUCGAGACGAUAGACCUGGAGGAGGUGGAGGCCGCGGAGGAGGUGGGCGCCGGCGAGCCGCCGGCCGAGCCGCCGCGGCCCUGGCCGACCGAGGAAGAGAUCUUGGCGCGCCUGCCGCCGCUCGACGAGAGCGCGAUCGUGUGGAGCGACGAUGAGCCGGAGGGGGAUGGCGAGCCGGCGGCGCGGACCGCCAUCGACCCCGCCCACCUCGAUGCCGGCCACCGCCUAGAGAACAUUAACGGCAAUACGAACCACGAGGGCGAGUUCAGGGAGUGGCACCAAGUUGUUACGGCAUCUACGUGCGACGGAGGCGUACUGUCCAUGUUGCCUUACGUUAUCAUUGAUUAGGCUGCUUGGCGUUUGUGCUUAUAGUCGCUUGUCGGUCCGUACUUCCUAGCGCGUAUCCGUACGCCGCGCGCGUGCUAUUGUUCCGAGCAAGUUGUGACCCCACGACAGGGAUGGCAAUGCAUACUCCAGAAUGGACCGACCGGUCACCCCAACCAUGUCUUUUUUCUGAUUGUUUCGUUCGGUUCGUGAAGUCUCAUGGCCGUGCCCCAGUUUGUUCAUCAACGCCAUCUUCCAGUGCAGUCUUUCAGACUACAGAGUAUCUCAUUUAUGUCUAAACCAAGGGCGUUCUUAUCCUGGUCGGCCACGCGGUUUGUUUGACCGACGUUGGAGUCGUGGUUGUCCGCACACACACGCAUACACAUACACUGUACAUAGGGUACUGUUGAGUUGCCAAAUAUCCGUUGUUUGUGAUAAUUGCACCUCCAAUACAUGAUCAAAUUCGCAUUACUUUGAAAGCUACGUACGGUAAGCGCCGCUAGUUUCCGCUAAUUUCCGGUUAUUGCUGGUGGUCAGAACUUGUUGGUUCGGUACGUGGCUUGCAUAGCAAGGUGUCUGGAGGUCAAUAGCAAGGUGUCUGGAGGUCAAGGCAUUGUUGAGACAUGGCGGGAACCCAACGAGUUGCGAGAAUUGUCUCAAUUUUGGAAACGUCAUGCACAUUGAGCUGAUGAAGUUUAAAGUGUUGAAUACAUGAGCUUUGCGAAA